AUGGCUGCUGCAAGGUCACCAUGGAAAAGGUUACACACAGAUUUGGAGGAUGGAGACGAGAGCUUGCCAAUCUCAAAGCGCAUCUGUUCUUUGCACAUAGAAUCACAAACUCAGGGAGUGUGCUCACAGAGUAGCCAAGGAGCUCCUCCACAAGGAUUAGAUGUUGCUGGAGCUGCAGGUUCCUCAUUUGUUGCUAAUGCUAGUCAUCAGUUCCCUUCAGAAAUACCACAUCUGGUUGGCUCAUGUAGACUUGAAUCAUUGGGUGAGCAUGCUUCCGUUAUGAGAACCUCACACCAUAAUGGACACGAACACAACCUGCAAACUGAAGCAGAUCAGAGACAUGCCAUGGCUGGAGCAGCUGCUCAUUUCAGCCAUUCAUUAAGUGAUCCAAGUUCUUCCAAUGGGGUACAUCAGCACAAGGUGGAUCACACAUUCAGCUUGGAUGAUUCCAGAAGUCUUCUGUGCAUGCCAACUUCGCAUACUGACCCGAACAGAGUCCAGCACAACCACCAGGUUCUGCAUCAUUCGUCUAACCACAAUGAUCACCCAGCGAUCCACAGUAACUUUCGCCAUGAUAUCCACAACGGUAUCCAAAAUGAUCCAGCUGGUAAUCCACUCCUCCAAGGCAUGCCUGAAUGCAGUCAUCCAUACCACCUUCAGCAGCUGCCAUCCGAAGUCUAUGAUCCAGAGUUGGGGAUGGAGGAGAACCCUUUUUACUUUUCCAUCAAUCAGAUGUUGUAUGAAGCACAUUUGUGUCGGCUGAGAAGAGGAAGUGGUUUUCUUGACAACUCAUGA